UUUAAUGACAACCGCCAUCUCACUUAGCAGCAGUUCACUUCCCACGAUACACCACUAAGAUGCGUACCACUUUAUUCCUCGCUCUCCUUGUCUGCUUUGCUGCCGUGUUAGGCCAGAGGGACAGGAUAGUGACCAAGUCCCUAGUCCUGGACAACGGCAUGGACUGGGGUAAAUGGGGCGAGGCUGAUUACUGUGACGAUGGCAGUUUUGCUUCCUUUAUGGAGGUUAAGUUCGAGCAUUACCAGCUGACGGAUACGGAUGAGACAGCCGUUAACGCCGUCAAGCUGUACUGCGUCAAGCCCGACCUUCAUCCAACUAAUUACAUCAUCUCUACGGAAGGGCGUAAUGGAGAGUGGAUGGGUGAGUUGAAGUGGUGAAGUGGUGGUGGUGAUGGUAGUGAGGGUAAUG